CGUGUGUUUCGAUUUUGAAGUUUCAACAUGAUAAAAGAUAAUAGAUAUGCAACAUUGUAAAAAAAUCUGUAUACCAACAGAACUGAUACCAUCAUUAACCAUAACAUCAGUAUUCAUAACUCUUAACCUUAAGGUUCUGUGUGACUGUGUGACCGAGUACUCGAAGAGUGAGGACUUUCAUAAUGUUAGCGUUAAAGCGUAUUAUGUGCAAUACGUAAUACGUUUAACACGAUUUAAAUCGUAAUGUUAAACGAAGUUAAGAUUAUAAUCCAUACUAUGUCAAUGAUAAAAGAUAAUAGUUGUCAAUGAUAAAAAAUAUUUAAGUCACGAACUAAUUACUUGAUCAUCACAGUUUUAUUUUAAUGUAACCUUAAAUAAUGUUACGAUCAUAGUGUUAUAAUAAUGUUAAUUUUAGAAUACAUUUCGAAAUCGGUGGCUGAUGAAUAUGGCAGACCCAUCAAUUCAAACAUUUUGUUGCCGUAGAGCACUUGAUUAUAAUCCGUCUUAUAAACUCAUGAACGAAUUCAAUACAGACCGUUUUAAUAUGGUGUGUUUACUGUCUUCAAUAAUAGGAAUAACUGGUGCAGCAUACCAGAUAUUGCCAAAAGUUGAGCUAAAAGUUCCAAAUAGAUUUUAUUGCAAUAUCAUGCAGCGGGGAAAAUAUAUUAUAAUGUGGUUAGCAAUAGCAGAUGUCUGUGCAUCAUCAGGUAUACUUUUAAGAUCUUGUCUAAAAUUAAUGCAUCAUUUUCAAUGGUACGAUGUACAACCAUAUACAGUUUCUUGUAUAUUUUUAGCUGUUUGGAUACAGUACUUUUACAUUGUAACUUGGUUUUGGACUUUGUUGUACGCUGUAGACAUGUGGAGAGCAUAUCAAGAUAAACACUCAUGUAGAAAAUUGUAUCAUUUUGUUGCUUGGUUAAUUCCUGCUAUAUUUACAUUUAUUGGACUGUCUACCCUUUAUAGACCAAAUGCAAACUGUCAUAAUUUGAGCCCUAAAGAAAAUGUUGUGAUGAAGUUCCUUCCAAAUUAUUUUUUGACAUUUUUGCCAGUUAUUAUUGUUAUGAUAAUCAAUCCAGUGCUAUAUUCUUUAUCCACUGGAUACAUAUACCACAUAAUAACUUCAUAUAUGGCACAAUACUCAACAAAUGAACGAAAAAUGAUGGACUUAUUUAAACAGAGAUUUGCAUUAAUUAAUCUAGCAUUUUAUUUGUGUUGGGCACCCAAUUUAAUCAAUGCGGUAAUAGUUUGGACGUCUUGGGAUGACCUUCCAAAUGGAGUAAUGCUAACACUGUGGUAUCUAAUGGCUAUAUUGAAUCCUAUGCAAGCAUUUUUCAACAGUUUUCUCUAUAAUUUACUUGAACAUACUGAACAAAUCUGUUGUAAAUGUUUUGGCCCCCAAAGUAGAUUUCAAGAAAUAGUAGAAUGUAGACCUUUACUAAUAGCUAAUGUAAAAGGUUCAGCAAAUUCAAAUGGUUAUGAAAUAAUUGAUUGAUUGAAUAUAACAAUUAAUAACUAAACCCAAACAAAUAUUUGUUAAAAAAAUGUUC